AUGGCUAGACAUCGUAAACGAUCAGCAAAAAGUACUAAAUCAGGUUCAACCAAACAUAAGAAAACUCAUCGAGGAAAACGAGCUGGUGCUGCAGCCAAACAUCAUCGUCAAGUCAAACGAACAACUCGCAAAGGUGUCCGUAAGACACAUCGUUCAGGAAAGAAAGCAACGAACAGUAGCUAUAAUCUUUAUAUUCAACAUACUAUCUCUCAGAUUAAAGCAGCUGAUCCCAAUAUCACACAUCAAGAUGCGUUCAAAAAAGCUGCUAGUCAAUGGCGUACAGCAGCAGAGAAUCCCAAAAAUCAACACCAUUAG